UAAAAAUGGGCCAGAGGGCAAGCCGGGAUGCGUUUGAUCCAUCCAAGUCUGGACCAGCAAACAUUGGGCAGCAAGGAACAUGGAGGCCGCGGGAACAAGUCACCCGUGCACCAACAGUCGGCAGCGCACGCACAUCCGUCGUGCUCAACGCCAACAACACUGACGACGACGUCGUCUCUGUCCGCUCCUCUGUUGCAGCCAGACACGACCCAAAACAACAGCACCAGCAACAACGGCAGCAACAACAACAACAACAACGCGAUGGCCAAUUGAAGAGGCUGGCCCCAACACAACAGCAACGCCAAGCUGAGCUGGCAGCGCUGCCAUCGCACUUGGAGGGCAGCAUCGAGAUUCGCCCCUUGGAUGUGACCGCGUUCGUGGACCUGCCCUUGCGCGCAUCAGACCCUUCAGAUGCAGCGCUGCACCCGGACUGGAACCGGUGGAGCAACAUCUUCCCCAACUACGUGAGCCAGGUCCUGCUGCACCCUUCAGACAUGACAUAUGUCAACGCCAGCUGGGUCCGCAGCUACUCUCCAGACAAGGCCUGCGAAUACAUCGCAGCAGAGACACCGUCGCUGACGACACUCCGGCCGUUCCUGCAAAUGAUUUGGAACCACAACGUCGGCUUCAUGGUGCUCUUGGCCGAAAUUGGACAGCCUCAUGGUCAAAAGUAUUGGCCAAGCAACGUCAAUCAAACCAUGCAUAUGGACGACAUGUCUGUGACGCUUGCGGAAGUGGAUGACAGCAAGGACUGCUACGACCGGCUUGUGCUGGACUUUGAGCACGCCUCGGGUGCUACGCGCGAGGUAGUGCUGUACUGGUACCACGCCUGGCCCCCCGCCCCCGGCGGCGUCCCUGCCACAUCAGAUGGCGCCCGCAUGUACCCGCGGCCGCUGGUGGAGAUGAUGCUGACGGUGCGAGCAGAUCGACGCAAGACAGACCGGCGCCGCACGCCGCUGCUCGUGCACUGCAACGACAGCGUGUCCCAUACGGGCGCCUACAUUGUCUUGGACCAGGCAUUUGACUGCAUUGAGGAAGGGCAGCCUGUGGAUGUGGUGGAUCUUGUGGCGCGCAGCAGGGAGGAUCGCAUGGGUAUUGUCAAUGCAACCGCGCUCGCUCGGUUCGUGCAGGAAGCGGCACUCCAGUAUGCAUUCUACUUUCUCAAGUCGCAUCCCGAGACGCCAGGGGUCGUCUUCAUGCGCACGCCCGGCAACACGCCGAAGCACCAGCUCGAGCAGCGCUUCACAAAGCACAGGUUGGAAGACGGAACGCAGGUGUUUGUGCUUCUCUCCGUGGAAGACCCGCCGGCAGCGUCUCUGCCGACAGACAAGCUGGUGUUGACCCCGCAGCCAUUUGACGACCACGACGGCCACGAUCUUGCGCACCACAUGGCCGCAGACGCAUCCAUGCCGCUGCACAUGCAGCCAUUCUUCAAGUCCAACUUCAGUCGCUCCCAGGUGGAGGACCUGUUGAAGAAGAGUGCAGAGGCAUCGUUCCUCGUGUCGUCGUCGGCACUGCGUCCAGACAGACUCCUCCUCUCCUGCACCAGCGGUGGACGCGUGUACCACACGCUCUUGCACCAUCGCCGCAACGACGGGCAUGGGGAGGCUGCGUUUGCCGUGGAUGUAGAUGACGACACACUCACGUUCCCAACAGCGGUCGACGCUGCGGCGUGGCUGAUUGGCGAGGUGCAGGCUGCACAGCACGACGGCACGCAGGCGGAGCAUGGGCAGGGGAUAGGAGUGGUUGCUGCUGAUCUGCACGAGCUUCGGCUUGAUGAUGAUGACGGCGAUGGCGAGGAGGACAUGGACGGAACAGAUGCGUGAUGAUCAUGAUGACGAAAAUGAUCACGAUAAUGAUCAUGAUGAUCAUGAUCGUGAUGAUGAUCAUGAUGAUGCUGUCAAUGACAACCACUACAACACCACAUAUGUUCCCACUCGCUUAUUGCCGCCAGCCCACGACGCUUCAACCGCACUCGCAUACACCACGCAUGUUUUUGCUCGCACAUUCAUUCGUUCAUUCACCCCAGCCAGAGUCAUACGACAGCAGUGAGCAGAGCCACCACAACCAGCAACAACAACAACAACAACAACAACAACAACAACAGCCACAUGAGGACGCAGUGUCGUCAACAACAGCAGCAACAACACAAAAGUAGAAGGAUUCACCCACACAUGCAUGUUUUCGCCCACAGUCAACCGUACACACGUGACACCACACCACCCACCAAUACAACCCACGGCCCUACAAAGUGUAACACCCCACAGCAACAACAAAAACAACGCGUAUGUGCUUGCACAACCACAUGUGAAAUGCGUGUGCAUUUGCUGUAAAUGCUCUAUGUUCUGCGUGUGCAUGAUCCGUGGUGCUUGGCUCAGUCCCAAUACUUGAUUGAUCCGUCCCAGCUGGCGGUGGCGACCUUGGAGGUCUCGUUCGGGUUCCACGCCACGUCGAUGCACACCUUGUCGUGCGCCUUGAGCUUUCUGCUCGCGGCGCCAUCAUACACACCCACACCCACACGCGCACAGAGUGGACACCAAUAAACCAAAGAGGGGACA